AUGGCUCUUCCCCAAGUUAUGGCUCCUCCUCAAUAUGAAAUAUUGCCAUAUAAUAUUCCUGUUAGAAUAGAAAGUGACACUCCCAUAUUUUUAAUUCACUUAUUUGUGAAGUUUACACGUCCCUUUAGACCGGAAGAUUCUGUCACUUUCACAAAUGUUGGAUUGCUUUCACACGAGAAAUUGACGGAGAACGACAAUACUAAUGCCAAAGUUGCCAUAGAUAACUUGCUUGCAGAAGUUAACGCCCCUUCUUCUUUAUUUUUUCUCACGAAUGAAAUUAUUAAUUAUGGUCUGAAGAUGUGGAACGACAAAGAUCAUAAUUUGAGUAUUAAAGUGGAUGUUGAUGUUUUUGUUGAUGAACUACCUCCAACAUCUAAUGAUGACAGCAACGACAAUGACGAGGAUCAUGCAUAUGAUAUGGAUGAUGUUCCUAUUAAUUUCGUGGCAGCAAGUGAAAAGUCAAUCGAGAAAUUGGAGAAAGUGCAAAUUAAAGAUGAUCAAGUUUCGUGCUCCAUUUGUUUGGAGAAUAUGUCAGUUGGUUUGGAAGCUACUAGAUUAUUUUGUGGACAUAGAUAUCAUGAAGAAUGUAUUGUCGAGUGGCUACAAAUUAGUAAAUUUUGUCCAUUGUGUCGAGAUGAGUUAGCUUAG